AUGGCAGACACAUCGUCCUCUCGGAAAUGCGCUGCAUGUGACAUACACGACCCCAUCAAGGAGGGCCCCAGUUUAAGGGUCAAUGACUUUCCUUGCACUUCAAGCAGUAGCCCUGGGAAAGGCCUGGAACCCAGAAACCCUGUGCUGAGGACAGAUCAGCGGUCCUAUGUGAACACUGCCCAGGACCUUUCCUUCCUCGACCCAGAGACUCAAAUGAAGCUGGACUCAAACAUCAUGCAGCUUCCUGUGAAACACAGAUGGAGAUCAUAUCUACAGACUCUUGAGUCAAGGGAUCUCACCCCGCCGGGGGUUCCAGCCUCAUCUCUUCCCCAGCCUGUGUAUCCCUCCUCACCCACCUCUGUUUCUAAGUCAGAGUACUGUCCCAAGGCUGUCGUGAUCCUGGAGAAAUUGCAUCACCAAGACCCAGGAGGGACAAGGUUAGAAACUCUAUCAGUUGCCAGCCUACGGAGUCCUCUAUUUGCAUACUUGCCUUCAGAGGUUCAGGUGCUGCAAAGUGCCACUCCAUCUGCUGCCAGCCAUGGACCCUCCAAGGCCCAUCCAGAUAGAAAGCACAACAACUUAAGCACUCGAGCCCAUGAUUACUGCCUCCUGGCAAGGACACAGCAGAACAGGACUGUCCAAGGGACUGGAAGAGGCAACCUGCAACCAAGGACCAGUCCAAGAAUUGGCAGGCAUGAACCAUGGAAGAUGUUUAACAAUGUGACCUCAAUAAGUUCCUGUCUGAGUGGGACAAUGGUUGAUCCUGAAGUAAGAAUCCCAUCUUUAGUGGCCAAACAGACCAACAGAAUAGCCAAGGUGAAAAAAGAGACACAUCCUCCAGGGAAAGUGAUCCUUGGGUCCAGGAAGAUUCCCAAUGGCCAAAAAAUCAAUACCAAUCCCAGAGAAUUUAAAUCUGUAGCAGGCAAUAGAAACCCAGGCCAUUUCCAAACAAGUCCACAGUACUCAAGAGGUUCAGCUCUACAAUCAAAGGUGCUUAAUAAGGUUGACUUCAAAUCAAACAAGCAGCCACAGCCAUGGCCAACGGAGCUUCUUCUAGACUGUCAAAGUGAUGUGUGCCCCUUCACAGUCAGCUUGCCUUCAGGGCACUCACUGCCCAGCUUCCAGAAUAGAUCCAAAAAUCCCAAGACUUCUCAGGGCCUAGGUGAUCCGUUCCUGAGGAAACAUCACAGCCAGGAGACUCAGAAACUUAGGGUCCCCAAGGAUAAGAUUCCAGCAAGUAAUCACAAAAUAUUUCAUUCCAGUGAAGAGAGGAAGGAUGUUAUGAGAUCUAAAGCCAAAAGCCAGGGAGAAAAGUUGAGGAGAAUGGGGCUCUCCCAAGCCUCAGGCCUCACUCAACUCAAGGAUACAGACAUCACUGAGCAUCAGCCUUCCUCUGAUGUGCCAGCAAAGGAGCAGGCUCCUGCAGGAAGCUUUCUGAAGAAAACAGUAAGGAAUAUUCUACAAUAUCUCAACCUCAGCGCAAAAGACAAGGAGCAGGGGGGUUCUCUGAAGAAUGAAAGCCCCCCACCAUCUCCUAUACAGAGUCAGGAGGUAGCCACAAAGGAGAAGCUCAUCUACAAUAUGGCAGCUGAAGCACAAUCUCUCGUGGAUGUUGUGGUACAGAUCCUGAUGGACAGGCUGGGCCUUGAUCUAGAGGACUCAUCAAAGGUACCAUGGUGUAGAGUGGAACCCAUGGCAUCCCCACUGGGUGUCUCUUCCCAUUCUUCUAAGGAUCUCUAUGCCACAAAGAAAAGCAAACCAGUGAGAAGAAUGAGCUCUGGUCCCCACACCAGUCCCAAAGGACACAACCAUCCAUUCAUACACAGGGGAAUCGGGGACAAACAACAGUGGAGCGUUGAUGUCCAGCAAGCCUGUGACCAACAUCAGAACAGAGUGAAGAGGGGAAUGGGCUUCGACUCACUCCCCACCCUCAAGGGGAAGACCCAACCAUUCCCGUACAGGAGAACUGGAGACAAGCAACAGUCAGGCAUGGCCACCAAAACAGCCUGUGACCCAUAUCAAAUUAAAGUGAAGAGAGAAAUGGGCCAUCGUCUGUCUAGCAGCCGCAAAGGGCACAACCAUCUAUCCUUACACAGAGUAACUGGAACCAAACAACAGUCGGAUGUUAUCCAUAGAGCCUGUAGUCCACAUCAAAGUACAAAGAAAGGAAUGGGUUAUGGUCAUCUCAACAGCUUCAAGAACAACUAUCCGGUCACACACAGGGGAACUGGAGACAGAGCAGUCAUGUGUUCCUACCAAGGGAGCUGAUCACCCCAAACAGACCUUACCAGCAAAGGCAAAGGAGCAGGUGCCUCAGGCCACUUUGGCCUUUGCCCACCAGUAAGUCUCCCAGCAGCCAUCUCAUCGCACAGCCAUUGUCUCCCCCAGUGCUCUCCUGGUAAUAAACAUUGGCUUUUUUCCUACAAAGCGAAUC